GGAACCAUAGGAUAGGGUUAUGGAGAAAAAAAGACAUAAGUAAAGAGAACUGGGAAAGAGAAGAGAGAGACACCGGAAUGGAUAAAAAAGGAAUGCGAAAAGGAAAUAAGGAAAGAUGGGAGCUUAUUCAAGGAAAAAUAAAGCCAGAACGAAAGCAAGAAAGAAAGGAAGAACAGAAUGGAAUCAUAAAGGAGACUAAAAAAGGAAAUGACCAGCACUCACCGACGUCACCUGUAGAUGCUGAGUGGAGGUGGUACUCAACAAGGCUCCAAUGCGCUGCGGCUCUAAUACCCCGUAUUUAGAGAUGAUGGCUCCGAUUUGAUGGUCUCCUCUGCGGCACUGGAGGUAACUGAGGAGCUUCCAGCGAAGUUAAUGAAUAGAGGAGGAUGAAAAGCAAUGGGAAAAAGGUGUAAAGAAUGGGGAACGGCAGGGCAAUGACGAAGAAAAAGAAAAAAAGGAAAGAAGAGAAGAAAGUGAAGAAGGAAAGAGAAGAUUAUUAAGGAAAAAAGUAGAAACAAGAAGGGAAAGGAGGCGGGAUAAAAAAUAGAGAACUGAAGGUAGCAAGAAAAAAGCAGAAAGACGAAGAAGGAGGAAGAAAAAAUGAAGGAUUUUUUGGAAGGGAACAGCAAGCGAUAAGGAAAAAUGACUGAGAAAAAGACAGAAAAGAGGAGCAGGACAUGUCAGAGCAGAUGCGUGUGUCGGGGCGGAGGCUUGGGCGCUGUGUGGGAGCGUGUGAGGCGGCGGAGCAGCGCACGGUGUCGCUGCAGGCUGAGGAAGGGCGUGUGGGCGGCUCCUUGGCGGUGCGGCGGAGAACCCGGCUGUGAGCGCGGGGGGGCGGCUGGGGCCGGGCAGCGGAGCCGGGGCGUGCGGGCGGCGGCGGGAGCCGUGCGGGGCCCGUGCGGGGUCGGAAGGCGGCGUCGGCGAUGGGCGAGUGUGCGUGGGGUGCGGUGUUGCGGGUGGUGGCGGUGCAGGCGGCGUGGGCGCUGUGCUGGGGGCAGGUGCGGUACUCGGUGCCGGAGGAAGCCAAGGCCGGGACGGUGGUGGGCCGUGUGGCGCAGGACCUGGGUGUGGAGGCGGGCGAGGCGGAGGCGCGGCGGCUGCGGCUGGUGCCUGGGGGCCGGCGGGCGAGCGUGGAGGUGAGCGGGGCGAGCGGGGCGCUGGUGGUGAGCUCGCGGCUGGACCGGGAGGAGCUGUGCGGCAAGAGCGCGCCGUGCGCGCUGCGGCUGGAGGUGCUGCUGGAGCGGCCGCUGCGCGUCUUCCACGUGGAGCUGGAGGUCACCGACAUUAAUGACAAUGCCCCCAUCUUCCCCGCCGCCCGAAAAAACAUCAGCAUCGCGGAAUUGUCUGUGGCGGGGUCCCGUUUCCCACUGGAGGGCGCGUCGGAUGCGGAUAUCGGAGCGAACGCUCAGCUCUCCUACACACUCAGCCCCAGCGAGCAUUUCUCUUUGGAUUUACAAAAAUCGAAUGAGCGAAACAUUGAACCUGAACUUGUUUUAACAAAACCUCUGGACCGGGAGACGAUGGCCGUGCACCGGUUGUUGCUGACGGCGAGUGACGGAGGCCGGCCGUCUCUGACAGGGACGAUGGAACUGGUGAUCUCGGUGCUGGAUGCGAACGACAACGCGCCCCAGUUCAACCAGUCGGUGUAUAAAGUGCAGCUGCCGGAGAGCGCUGCAGUGGGGACACUGGUAGCACGUGUGAAUGCCACAGAUGCAGAUGAAGGAAUUAAUAGUGAGGUGAACUACAGCGUGACGAACUUCUUUCCGCCGAGUGGAAAAGAUUUGAUUUCUAUUAAUGAGAAGACGGGGGAGAUUCACCUGACGGGUGCCCUUGACUUCGAAGAAGUCAAUAUAUUUGAUUUCCGUAUAGAAGCGAGAGACCAAGGUUGGCCGUCGCUGUCGGGUCACUGCAAGGUGGUGCUGGAGGUGCUGGACGUGAACGACAACGCGCCGGAGGUGCGGGUGACGUCGCUGUCAGUGCCGGUGCCCGAGGACGCGUCGCUGGGGACGGUGGUGGCCCUGCUGAGCGUGUGGGACCGGGACUCGGGGUCGAACGGUCGCGUGCGGUGCUGGGUGUGGCCGUCGGGUCCGUUCGUUCUGGAGGCGACGUUGUCGGGGUCGUACUCGCUGGUGCUGCGGGAGUUGCUGGACCGGGAGCGGGUGUCGGAGUACGAGGUGGAGGUGCGUGCGGAGGACGGCGGUUCUCCGUCGCUGGGCGGCCGCGUUGGGCUGCGUGUGCCGGUGUCGGACGUGAACGACAACGCGCCGUCGUUCGCGCAGGCGGUGUACACGGUGCUGGCGCGGGAGAACAACUUGGCGGGCGCGGAGCUGGCGCGGCUGUGGGCGCGGGACCCGGACGAGGCGGGCAACGGGCGCGUGAGCUACUCGUUGUGGGAGGGCGCGUUGGGCGGGGGGUCGGGACCGUGGUGGUCGGGGACGUCGGGGUUGGUGGGGGGUGUUGCGGCGUCGAGCUACGUGUCGGUGGAGGCGGAGAGCGGCGUGUUGCGGGCGCUGCGGCCGCUGGACUACGAGGAGGUGCAGGUGCUGCAGUUCGAGGUGCGUGCGGUGGACGCGGGGGAGCCGUCGCUGUGCGGCAACGCGACGGUGCAGCUGUUCGUGCUGGACGAGAACGACAACGCGCCGGCGCUGCUGCCGGCGGCGGGCGGCGGGUCGGAGGCCGGGGCGGUGUCGGGGGAGGCGGGGACGCUGUGGGCGUGGGCGUCGUGGGGUUCUCCGUCGGGUCAGGUGGUGGCGAAGAUCCGGGCGGUGGACGCGGACUCGGGCUACAACGCGUGGCUGCGCUACGAGCUGUGGGAGCCGCGGGGCAAGAGCGCCUUGUUCCGCGUGGGGCUGUACAGCGGCGAGGUGAGCACGGCGCGGGCGCUGGAGGAGGCGGACGGGCCGCGGCAGAGGCUGGUGAUCGUGGUGCGGGACCACGGCGAGCCGGCGCGCUCGGCCACGGCGACGCUGAGCGUGUCGCUGGUGGAGGGCGGCGAGGCGGCGCUGGCGGCGGCGGCGGGCUCGUCGUCGCUGCUGCCGCGCUCGUUGGCGGGCGGCGAGAGCGGCUCUGGGCCGGCGGCGGCGGCGGCGGCGACGAACGUGUGGCUGGUGGUGGCGAUCUGCGGCGUGUCGAGCCUGUUCCUGCUGGCCGUGGUGCUGUACGGGGCGUCGCGCUGGGCGCCGCGGGCGGCCGUGCUGUCGGGGCCCGGGCCCACGACGCUGGUGUGCGCCAGCGAAGUGGGCAGCUGGUCGUACUCGCAGCGCCACAGCCGGAGCCUGUGCGUGGCGGACGCCGCCAAGAGCGACCUGAUGGUUUUCAGCCCCAACUUCCCGCCGCCGCCCGGCGCCGCGGCCAAGGACACGCAGCCGGAGCCUCCCUCUCUCCUCGACACGGUCAGUGCCUCUUCCGCCUUUUUUCUGUUUCUUCUGUCCCGCCCCCUGGGCAGGCAGUGCUCGGAGCCGGGCUCAGCUCCUGCAGUCGCAGGGCCGUGGGUGCUUUGCAGGUGA